AUGAUCUCCGGCCACCGUAAGCGCGGGUCUGCGGACGGCAAGAUCCGCUUAGAGAACUACGAGCAAUGGUGUGCAGUGGACGCCGUGACCCAGGGUUGUGCAGGCUCUCCAGCCGCCUGCAGGGCUGCAGUGGUUGCAGUACUAGGCACCCAGCUGCGGGCAGCGUGCGCUUGUCGCGGCACUGACUUCGCCCAGCUCUAUGAUUGCCUUGGAUGGCAACGACUGCUCUGGCUCAACCCUUGCGUUGUGGAAUCUCAAAGCGACUACCACAUGAAGACCUACGGCACCCUGAUGACGACCACGCCAUUUGACAACGGGAUCCGGUACAUCACGGUUGCUCCGGAGUCUCCAAUCUACCAUCGCACGACCACCCACCACCAUCGCCAUACCACCCUAGACAAGAGCUCUCAGAUUGAUACUAUUCAGGAAAACCGAGAAGAACUGAGCCCAAUAACCACCAUGUCGGAACAAACAGUGGGCCCAAACGAAGUAGCGCAGAUCUCCGAACCCGUAAUAGAAACUACGACGGAAACUACAACAGUCCCGACUACUACGACUACGACGACUACGACGACGACUACUACGACGACCACAACUACUACGACUACGCCGAGACCGACUACUACGCUAGAGCCUACCAAAUACUGCAUCGUGAAGAAGCCGGAGAGUGAUGAUCAAGCACAGUACAUCAAGAUGGGUGAAACUCGACGAUUGUACCGUUCAGCUGAGCUCGCAGAGUGCACGGACCUUUGUGUGUGUGAGGCUACUCUUCAAGUGUCCUGCAAGGUGGCCUGUGUGCCUCGAGCUCCGUGUUCCUCCCGCCUGGCCCACUAUUCCCAUGCUGCACCAGCCUACCAGGCCUACAGAGGACGAUGCUACUGCUAUUCUGGGUCCUUUAUCUGCAUGAGGCCUAAUCCAGGCGAAUACAAGCUACCAGAAGGCGUAUACUUACUCCUCGGCUUUAGCGCAGUGGACGAAGCUCUUCUCAGACCACACACUGGAUUAGGAGCUGAAGAUGCUGUGCGUCUUCUGCAGCAGUACCUGUACACCGUACACAGCGAGGGAACGAACUGCACGCUGACUUUGUUCAACAUCAGCAAUGAAAACGUGAUAAUCUCAGCGAGCGUGCCACCACGGGAGCAGGAGAUGUUGAGGGAGGCUGGCGACGCACUGCUGGAUAGAGAGAAGUUCAAGAAGAAGAAUAAGACUACCUUCCAUAACUAA